AUGCCCUUCAUGCCGGUCAAGUUCACCCUGCAGAAGCGGGUGAAGCUUGCCCAGGGCCUGUGGAUCCUCUACUGGGCAUCGGUCCUGGCCGGCGUCGUCCUCCUGGGGCUGGGCGUCUACUUCAAGGUGGAGCUGCGCAAGCGGAGCGAGCUGAUGGACCAGAGCGAGAGCCACUUGGUGCCCAACCUGUUGAUCCUGGCGGGGCUGCUGGGCGCCGCCCUCAACGCCUUUGGGGGCAAAGUCUGCCACGACUCGCUAGACCCCGUCAAGUACUCCAAAUGGAAGCCGUCGCUGCGCCGCUUCCUGAUCAUUUGCUGUGUCUUCAACCUUCUGCUGCUCGUGCUGGCGCUGCUAUGCUUCCUCAUGCAGUUCGCCGUCUACCUGACGCUGUCGCAGGGCCUGAAGAACAGCAUCCGCUUCUACAAGGACACCGACACGCCGGGGCGCUGUUUCAUGAAGCGCACGCUGGACCUGACGCAGAUCGAGUUCCGCUGCUGCGGCAACGUCAACUACAGGGACUGGUUCGAGGUCCAGUGGAUCAGCAACCGCUACCUGGACAUGAGCAACAUGGAGGUCAAAGAUCGCGUCAUGAGCAAUGUGGAAGGCAAGUUCCUGAUGGACAGCGUCCCGUUCAGCUGCUGCAACCCGGGCUCACCUCGCCCCUGCAUCCAGCACCACCUGACCAACAACUCGGCCCACUACGACUACGAUCACCGCAGCGAGGAGCUCAACAUCUGGACGCGAGGCUGCCGGGAGGCCCUCUUUUCUUACUUCAGCGGCCUCAUGAGCUGCGUGGGCAUCCUGGUGAUCGCCACUGCACUGCUGGAGUGUGCGGACAUGGCGGGCUUGAAAUACCUGAGCACGGCGUUGGACACCAUGGCUGACCCCGAGAACCCCGAGUGCGAGAGCGAAGGCUGGCUGCUGGAGAAGGGCGUCAAGGAGACGUUGACCGAGACGCUGGCCAAAAUCAAGACGCUGGGAAAGUCCAACCAUGUGGACGAGGGUGGGGACCAAGACGCCGGCUGA